AUGUCCAGAACGAGCAAUUCUUCGUCAGUAAUACAAAGUCGAACACGACCUCCCGCAACAAGUUCGCUCGAUCAAGGGGAUCCAGUUUUUCCGGCUUUCCAAAACACCUCUGGGGAGCGUCACGACGACAUCUCGGAGCUGGACCCUACUGGAACGCGGCAUCUCGAGACCAAGAAUCAUACCUACGUAACCGUCGACAUCAAUACCACCCAAUGGAGUACCGCCGAUUUCAUUGCGGACGCGCUGCGUGACAGGAAACGGCAAGAAACUGCCCUGCUUUUUCAAACCGGUAGCGUGUUCCCGCACAACGCCAGUGGCAACAACGAAAUCCUGCCGAGCGACUCCGCAGCCGCAUCGCCGUACCAAAGCUACCCCAGUACUAUACUUCUCAUUGUACUUGUACACCUUAUAUGGGUGUACCAAUGGAACAGAAAAUGGCGUCGCCGAAAAACCUUGACAUCCUACCAUGCUUUGGUUCAAAAGAAAUAUUGGUAUCAGUGGUGGAUUGCUCUGCUGUCGCAUCCUCCUGUAACAGACUUGGAAACGAAUGAAUCUUUGGAGCGCACACGCGAGGGUUUGUCUACUACCCAGAGAACCAACAAUGUUCCCGUCUUGGUUUUCGCGUCCUCUGGAGUGCGACAAGUAGUAGCUUUCACCGGGGUGGCAUUCGUUAAUGGAGAGCUCAGUGGCAUCACGCUACUUGUCUACAACUCGCAUGUAUUGUGGUCGUGUCGGGCAUUGGAAACACUGUAUAAUGACUUUGCGGGGCAAUAUAUAUGCGUUUGGAUAGCUCUUGCUUGGUUGGGAGUCCUGCUCGAGCUCUUUUUGAACUCCCUCUUGCUUCGGAUGACAAGCAAUGUUGUCGAAGUUGCCGAAACAAACCUGGAAUCCAGCCGUAGUGUCCAUCAGGUUUUGACAUACCGGACCAUGGGAACGUUGACGGUCCUUAUGGCUGCUCUUCUUGUGUUGUUUCGAAUUGAUUUCCCCAACGUUCCUGUGCAAGUAUUGCCUUUUUUCGGAAAUCCCUUCUUUUUGAUGGAACCAUCGGUGACCUACUUUGUGGCCGUGGGUAUAUUGACGACAUUGUCCAUGGGGAGACACGCCAUCACUAGUGUCACAUUUGGAACUCUAGUGGGAUCGCUCUGGUCCGCAGGAUUGCUCGAAUUCUUGGCCGAACCGUACUGGGCAGCUUGGAUGGUGCUGCAACUUGCGCUAGUCACGUUAUUGUCGCUGUACGAAGAGUAUUCGAACUAUGUGCCCUGCGUGGAUGGGGUAGCAUGGUUCGAAGAUGGAUCGUCUGCUGACCUUUUCGGAGCGAGCUCCAAUCGUGACGAUGCUUUUCUCCGCGAUGCUUCGGACCGCGCCGCAAUCGAACUUGGUGGUCUUUUACCGGAACACAAUGACUUGGACAUGGACGAAGAUACUGAUCGUUCCUUGGCGGAACGGACGCCAAUUUUUCGGAGAGCACAGUCUACCGUUCGCUCCCGGCGUAUGGGAUCAACGCCCGACGUUUGAGGUAGUUCAUAAGUCACCAUUUUGUUAUGGGAGACGCUGUUCCUCUAGUUUCGGGCAAAUGUCACGCCGUGGCGGCUGCUAGAAAGCGUAUGACAAUCACGAACGAUCCAAUCGUCAGAAAUGGGGUGUCCCUACGGAUCAGAAAGUGGCUAAAGACCCCACCGAUUCGCGCAACCGCGUUUGCGGCACUUUUUCCGGUGCUUCGAAUUUCGGUGGUGAGGAUUUCGGCCGUAGACAUCACGUGGCUCCCACGUUCCGCCGAUAAAAAACAUUCGUGCCAGGAAAGCAAUUCCGAUCAGGCUCCAUCGAUGAAUCCUAGAAUCAAGGUCGCAACGGCAGUCUCCGACGACGCACUUGCAAAAAUAGCCCAGUGGUCAAAUGAAUACAGAAUGUCUUCCCCAUCCCUGUCGUUCGUCUUUUGCUGGUGAUGUUCUCUCGAAAAGACCAAUGUAUCGACAAGGACGGUUGCAUGAAGUAAAGGCGAGGCCAAUCAACGUGAUCCACAGCAAGAUUGUCG